AUGGGACGACGAACACGGGCAGAGAAUCUCGGUGACUUCCACGACAGCACCACUAGCUCCCACGGCGACCUUCAUACCCACGUCUCCGCUGACGGGGCACGUCUCUUCAGUCGAACUCAACAAACUGCCCCCCAAAAACGCCAUCGCGGAGUUGCUGUCAGUGAGGACGACGAGAGGCUGGCAGAAUGGAUCCCAGUUUCGGGUUCUGGAUUGGACGACAUGCGUGCGCUAGCAGAUACCAUCACGUCCUACGAUGUUAGCCCGGACGAGGAGGAAGGAGAGGGGGAUACGGCGAAGAGGCGACGGACGAUCCCAUGUCAACUUGGCUUCCCUACAGCGAAUUUUACCUUGACGAGCUUUUUGCGUCGAGAAGGAUUAGGAGAUUUUCUCCAUGCUCCGAAAUGUUCGUUCUGCAGAGAAUGUUUUGGGACGGAUAACUGCCGGAUCUUCCAAUGCAAGCAAUGUGGUGGCUUCCUGCAAUGCGGAAAAUGUGUGGUCGAGCAGCACAUGCGUUGUCCUCUGCAUACCCUGCGAGAAUGGAAUGGCGUUUAUUGGGACGAUAUUUCGCUCCAGUCCCCGAAAGAACAUGGCGGGUUGGGCCUCGUCUUCCAGCUGGGGCACCACGGCUUUGCUUGCCAGAAUCCUGGGCCAGUCAAGUCGCUGGUUGUCAUUGACACCCGCGGCAUCUUCUCUCUUCGUAUCCGCCUCUGCAGCUGUGAAUAUGGCCAGCGGCGCAGCGAUCCAGUACAGCAACUCCUCGCGCAUGGCUGGUAUCCGGCGACAGCGAUUAAUCCCGAGACUUGUGCGACAUUGGAGGCAUUGGAGCUCUUUCGGCUGCUCAAUGUCGUCGGCAACCUCAAUGCGCACGACUUCGUCGGCACCCUCGAACGACUGACUGAUGCGGCGAACGUGGGCAAGGUUCCUGAUCGAUACAAGACAUUCAUCAGAAUUGCCCGCCAACAUACAUUCCUUACGACUGCGAAGCGUCUAGGGCGCGCUCACGAAAAGAACGGACUUGUGGUGGAGAAGCGCGGUGGUUUUGCAUUACGUUGCUGGGCAUGUCCCGAUGCAGAGCGUAAUCUGCCUGAAGGCUGGCGCAACGUUCGGAAGAAGGAUGCCUAUCUCUAUAAGCUGAUCCUUGCCGUCGACGCGAAUUUUCGCCUUAAAAAUCGAAUUCGCGCCAACGCCCACAAAGACCCAUCUUUGAUUGCGGGACGGGGUUAUUUUGUCGAAAGCGAGGCCUACAAAGCUCAUCUGAAAGAGUAUAUAAACGAAAAAGAUAUUAGCACUUGUGUAGCUUUUGCCGCGCUCCUCCAAAAGGACACCCGAAUUAGCACUGGGCUUCGUGUUUCAGGGGCUGGCGGGUGCGUAUGCGCCCGACAUGGCCUACUACGACCCCAGGGUAUUGGAGACCUACAGAAGGGCGAGCGAUAUGCCAAUAUGGAUUUUAUUGUGCUCUCUGCGGUACAAGACGAAGCCGUCGAAUCGUUAGCGUUGUCCUAUGAUAUUGGCUGCCAAUGGAGUGUCCACCUACCCGAACGCGCGACUCGUUUGAAGGACAGUGGUAGAAUGGCCAAAGAUCUCAGCGGCUUCAAAAUGCAGUUUGCUCUGCCGGUUUGGCACGCGGCGGCACACGAAAUCGGCUGUCGUACGGCAAAUUCGCUGUCGUAUCAGGUCGGGGUUGGCAAGACCGACGGGGAGGGAAUUGAGCGGACGUGGGCGACACUGAAUCCGAUUGGAUGGUCCACGAAGGAGAUGGGUGAAGGGGCGAGGCAAGACGCGAUUGAAGACCGGCUUGACCAUAUCAACUUUGAGAAGAAUCGCGGCCAAGGCAAUACUCUGGCUCGAAAGCUCAUUGUGGCUCUGGCAGAGUCAGCACGACAAGACGAAGAGUUCUCCGAGCUUGACGGGGGAAUCGAUGCUCCAACCAGAGUUCUGUGGAAUGCAAAAGUGCGAGCGUGGUUAGCGGAUUCCUCCCAACCAAGCCCUUACCUACUUGACGGAGCGAAAGAUGGGCAGCAGACGCAAAAGUCGAUUAUGGAAGAAUUGAAGAUGGCGGAGCUUGAGGACGUUCGAGCCGGGAAUGCCCCAUUGGUAGAGGGUAGAAUGACCAGUGCGGCUUUCAUUGAGGCCGGGCUACAAUUGGAGGCGCAACAACGUCGCAUCAUCGCCGAAACCAAAAACACCACUCUAUUAAACGCUGAUCGCUCCAGCCAGAUACAAGAGCGUCGCUUCGCAUUCUUCCGAAAACACAAAACAUUCCUCCGUCUUCAGCUCACUUACAUGCCCGGCGUUGACGAUAUUCGGAUGGCGGACGAGGCGGAACGCGACCCCGAUGCUCCACCACCAAAAGCUGAAUAUGUCAAGCUGUACCUUCCAUCGCACAUACCUGCGGAGAAACGAUCAAGCGCAUGUGGUCGAGGGGUUGCGGAAGCUGAAAUAAAGCUUCGUGUCGGUCAAUGCGGUGAUGCGCUGGCGGAGCUUCGCGCAGCGCUGAAUACCCAGACCCACCUUGUCUAUUGGUGGAAUGAGAACUCCGUGGGACAACGAUCCUCUACGCGGUCAGCAUCGUUGAUUAGUCGUGUGGGGGAGGCUGUUGCAAAAGCCGCGGCCAAGUACCGAGAUGCGCAGACGGCGCUUGUCGCGCUCCAGGGCAGCAACUCCGCACCUCAAUUUCGGCCUCUCCUUGACGCAGACAUUAAUGCGCGGCCAGGGGUCGAAAAUGACAUCGAGUCGCUCAAACGCUUGGCGACUGCCGAUUCGUCACGGGUCGCGCGUAACCAGCCCUCGGAAGCCGCUUUGAAGCGGACUGUGUCCUGGAUUUGGACCACGGGUGGAUCGUCAGCAUCCGAUCUGCACGACUCUGUUCGUGUCGACUGGUCUAAGGCGAAGGCUCGUCGUGACAGAUGGCGGGAGGAGGUCAACCUUGUGCGGGAAGAGAUGAAGCGCGUCUUGCGCUCUCUUCGCUGGGAGCAAGACCAAUGGAAGAGUCGGGUGGAUCACCGAAGCGAUGAGCAGGGUAUCUCCGACGAAUUGAAAUCAGGCUUACGUGCUUACGCAUGUCGCCAAGCCGAACUACAUCGACGGAUGGGCGAGUUUUUUUUCGCAGAAUGGAGCAAAUCCAUCGAGGCCGCACUGGGCGGAUUGAUGCGGAAUUUAUUGGAUGGUGGUGAGGAGGAACUCACAGUCGAAGAGAACGAUGGAAACGAUGAGGAGAGGGAUUGA